AUGGGUGGCAAGUGCCCAAAAUCAAUUAUAACUGACCAAGAUAGAGGAAUGGCGAGUGCAAUACCCACUAUUUUCAAAGAUGCAACACACAGAUGUUGCUUGUUUCAUGUUAAGAAAAAUAUUGAUGACAAAGGAGGGCCAGUGUUCCAAGCAAAUGAGGGGUUGUACGAGGAAAUGCAGGACAUAAUAGAUAAAUCAUUGACAGUCCAUGAAUUUGAAACACUAUGGCAGGCAAUGAUAACUGAGUAUAAAGUGGGGCACAUAAAGAUAUUUCAGGAUAUCUGGAAAAGCAGACAGAAGUGGGUUCCAGUUUACUUCAAGAAUAAGUUCUUCCCCUUCAUCCAAACAACAGCUAGAAGUGAGGGCACUAAUGCAUUGUUUAAAAAGGGGGUAGGACCACAGUUCAGCAUGACAAGCUUCCUGCGGGAGUACCAGCGGAUAAUGGACACAAUGCAUGCAAAUGAGGAUGAAUUAGAUCAUAAUGUAGUAAACAAAAGAGUUAAAGAAAAGAAGUUCCUAACUGAAUACUACAUCGAAAGACAGGCCCAUGAGCUCUACAAUAUUUCCAUCUUUAGGAAAUUCCAGAGAAUCCUAAAUGAUGUUACAAGACUACAAAUCAGAGAAGAUGAGAAGGGCAAGAUAUACUGGGUAUUUCAGGCAAAAAAUUACCCAAUAAAAGAGCACAGACACAGAGAUUACCUAGUCCAAGUGAAUCUACAAAACCAGGACUACUCAUGCAUAUGCUGCAAGUUUGAUAAGGAUGGUUUGCUUUGCUCUCACAUCUUGAAAGUAAUGCUGCAACUACAAAUAGACAAGAUCCCGGAAAAGUAUAUAAUAGAUAGGUGGCGGAAAAGACAGAAAAAACUAUUCAAUCUUCCAGCUCCACCAGAAAAUGAGGACAACAUUGUUCUGAGAUUUAAUGUUCUAUCUAGAUUGUUGGGAUACACAGCUUCGACUGGUUCAAAAACCAAAAGAAAUUACCAGUACUUGCUGCAAGAGAUACCAAGGAUAGAAGCAGAAAUGGCAAGAAUGAACAAUGAAGAUGAACAGGUCUCAGAAAUGGGACAAAACAGUUCAGCGCGGACAGUUGUCAAUUUAGACCCUACUGCUGAAAGUGCAUCGAACAUACACCUACUUGACCCAGAUGUUGCUGAUACAAAGGGCCGCCCUAGGUUGCUGACUAUAAAAGAAAGAAUUAAGCAGAAUAAAUUCUAUAGUUGCAGCCACUGUGGUUCUAAUAAGCAUACAAAGAAAAAUUGUGACAAGCUGCAUUUGGUCUUCAAUUUACCAAAAAAGCCAAGAAAACAAAAGAAAAGGGACAAUGGUUCACAAACUGAGGGACAUGGAACAAAAACGAAGAAGUCCAAGAAAGCCACAGAACCUAAUGAUGAACAUCAACCCCUAUGUCAGCCAAGUGUAUCUUCCUCGGUGAACCCAAACCAAGAUGGAAACUAG